AUGGGUACCGUACGUGAUGAGAUGGAUGCGGCUGCAGGUGGCCCUCGAAGCUGGAACGGCCGCCUCAACUCUGCAGGUGCAGUAGCCUGUACUCCACUCGACUACUUGCGCCCACAGCGCCCAUCUACUUUCCACUCGCCCCUCUCCACCAUCAUCACCGACCGUUCGUUGCAGCCGGUGCCCGAGCCGCCGCUGCUCGGUGCGGCGCAAAAGCAAGCCCACGCGAGCUUCACGACGUCUCCGAGAGCUCAGCCACGCGCAUUCGACUGGGGCUGCCUGUACAGCUCCCAGACGAUGCCAGAACGUGCGGCAGACAACGACUCGGAAGCAGCACGCGCGGCCAUGUGUGCCAAUAUGGAAGGUAGAAUGAUGCUGUGGGAUGGAGUAGGCCGCCUGCCGAGACAACGAUCGACUCGUCCGGGCAACUCCGCCGCAAGGCCCAUUGCCGGCUCCUGCGCAGCGCAAGAGAACAAUCUGAAUCUCGAUGACAAUAAUAAUAACAAAAAUCCACUCCACGACUCAAGCGUGCAAUUUGGAUUGGCCACCACCGCGCACCUGCUGUGGUCUGCACGACUCGACGCGGGGAUCAUUUUCCGACUGGUGGCCGUUGGAGGACGCUGCCACUUGUAACAAUGACAUGUUCAACUCCAUUGGCAUCAAACAAAUCAAAUAUGUCAAAGCACUCGAACUAGAGGGAGCUAUCCGUUUCGGCCACGACAUGGCGCUGCAUUUGCUGAGAUAUGAUGGGGCAGUGCAGUGCAGUUCUAGCUGCGUACUGACCGCGGAGUCGUGGACCCUUCGGGCGGGCGCUUGGUCUCUAGUACAUGAUGAUGAUGAUGAUAAUGAUGAUG